AGUUCCGGAUGUGUGAGUAGUCGCGGAGUGACGGGUGUUGGAUUAGAUUACGUUUUUAGCGAUUGUAAAUCAUUAUUUGUUGUAGCUUCUUUCCGUGUAAUAUCUGCUACAAUUAAUUAUAAAAAUAACGUUAAUCUCUAAUGAUAGUUUGCGCAUAAGUUACGUGGUCCUAUGUUAGUAAAAAAAUAUUCUGCGAAUGUGAAUGAUCAGCAUGUGUCACCACUCAUCAACAAAUUCUGUGAAACGGUGAACAGUCGCGAUGUGAGGAAAGUUAUGACUAUCAGCUGAAAUCAACUUGAUUUAGUUAGUGUUUGUGUUGCGAACCAGUGUUAUUUAUUUUUUGUCUGGUGAAGGUGAUAAAUUCAGAGUCAAAAUGGCGGACCUCGAGGCUGUGCUGGCAGACGUCAGCUACUUGAUGGCUAUGGAGAAGUCGAAAUGCACUCCAGCAGCACGAGCUAGUAAAAAGAUUGUUCUGCCAGACCCAAGUGUUCGGAGUGUAAUGCACAAAUAUAUGGAAAAGAAGAAUGAAGUAAAUUUCGACAAAAUAUUCAAUCAAGUCUUAGGUUAUUUAUUAUUUAAGGAAUUUUGUGAACAGACUUCAGAUGAACCAGUGCCACAAUUAAAAUUUUAUGAAGAGAUUAAAUUAUACGAAAAGCAAGAAUGUAUUGAAGAGAGGCGGCGGAUCGCAAGGGAUAUUUAUGACAAUUUUAUUAUGAAAGAACUUCUAGCACAUUCACAUGAUUAUUCUAAAGAGUGUGUAGCGCAUGUACAAAAAUAUUUAAUGAAGCAUGAAGUGCCACCAAACCUAUUUGAGCCCUACAUUGAAGAAAUCUUCCAGCAUCUUCGAGGGGAGCCAUUUAAAAAUUUCUUAGAAAGUGACAAAUACACGAGGUUUUGUCAAUGGAAAAACUUAGAAUUAAACAUUCAGCUCACAAUGAACGACUUUAGCGUGCACCGCAUCAUCGGCCGGGGCGGGUUCGGAGAGGUGUACGGAUGUCGGAAGGCGGAUACGGGCAAAAUGUACGCAAUGAAGUGCCUCGACAAGAAGCGUAUAAAAAUGAAGCAAGGGGAGACUCUCGCCCUCAACGAAAGGAUUAUGCUCUCUCUAGUCAGUACCGGGGUCGACUGCCCAUUCAUCGUUUGCAUGACGUACGCAUUCCACACGCCGGACAAAUUGUGUUUUAUCUUGGACCUGAUGAACGGGGGAGACUUGCAUUAUCAUCUGUCACAACAUGGCGUCUUUAACGAGGCCGAAAUGAAGUUCUACGCUGCUGAAGUUAUAUUAGGUUUGGAACACAUGCACAAGCGUCACAUAGUCUACAGAGAUCUGAAGCCAGCGAACAUUCUCCUUGACGAGCACGGUCACGUCAGAAUAUCAGACCUUGGCCUCGCCUGUGACUUCUCCAAAAAGAAACCGCACGCCAGUGUGGGAACUCACGGCUACAUGGCACCCGAGGUGCUGUCAAAAGGCACGGGCUACGACUCCUCGGCCGAUUGGUUCAGUUUCGGCUGCAUGCUCUACAAGUUGCUGAAGGGACACUCGCCCUUCCGCCAGCACAAGACCAAGGAUAAGCACGAGAUUGACAGAAUGACGCUCACUAUGAACUACGAUGUCUUCCAGAACGUGGAGCUCCCGGAGUCGUUCAGCCCCAGCCUCAAGAGCCUGCUGGAGGGGCUGCUGCAGCGAGACAUUAAUAAGCGGCUGGGGUGCAAGGGACGAGGUGCCGACGAAGUAAAAGAGCACGUUUUCUUCGCGGGCAUCGACUGGCAGCAAGUGUACCACCAGAAGUACACGCCACCUCUGAUACCACCUCGCGGCGAGGUCAACGCGGCCGACGCUUUCGAUAUCGGCAGCUUUGAUGAGGAGGAUACCAAGGGGAUUAAGCUGACAGAAGCUGAUCAGAUGCAGUACAAAGACUUCCCGCUGGUGAUAUCGGAGCGCUGGCAGUCUGAGGUCGCGGAGACCGUGUUCGAGACCAUCAACCAGGAGGCCGACAAGAUGGAGCAGAAGAAGAAAGCCAAGCAGAAGCAGAAGUUCGAUGCUGAUGAGAAAGAAUCGGACUGCAUUCUUCACGGGUACAUCAAGAAGCUUGGUGGUCCGUUCGCGAGCGCGUGGCAGACUCGCUACGCCAAGCUCUACCCGAACCGGCUUGAACUGCACUUGGAGAACAGCGCCAAGCCUGAGAUGAUCUUAUUGGACUCCGUCGAGGAAGUGUCCUCGGACCUUGUGUCCGUCAAGGGAGAACAGUGCAUUGUGCUCCGGACUAGGAACGAUACUAAGAUCGUGCUCACAAAUACUGACGAAAUCGGGCUCAAAGAGUGGGCGUUGUCCCUGCGAUCCGCGCACAAGUGCUCGCAGGAGCUGCUGGCGUCGAUGGCGCGCAAGGCGGGCAAGAUAUACGGCACGGACGGCGCCAAGGACGCCAUGUCGCUGGUGCGGCCGCCCGCGCCGCAGCCCUCGCCCGCGCUCGCCCGCGCGCCCAACGGGAGCAACUAGCAUGAGCUGUCCGCGCCCAACAAGGGCGCGAAGAUGUUCCGCCGCUCCAAGAGCGCGGCGCAACUCAUCAAGUGAGCGCCUGCGCGCCCGCCGCGAGCCUCCAGCGCCGCCCGCGCCGGCCCCGCCGGGCCCGCCGCAACGAGCCAGGCCCGCAGCGCUCGCCACACAGCUGACGCGCUCCGCGCCGCCCCGCCGCGCGAUGAACUCUUAGUGACUCUUUAGGACUGCCAAUUAUUAAUAAAUGAAUGCUGAUCGCAUUUUAUUGUUGUACGAAUUAAUGUGAUAGGACCGAUCAAAUUAAAAGUACGAUGUAUAAAUAUAUAUUUCGUUUACCUCCAGUGAUUUUCGAUUGUGGAUAAAAUAGUAACUUUUGUAAUCGUUUGCACCGAUUGAAUUUUGUAAUUAUUAACGUAACGUUCUGGAUGUUGUAUUUAACUCUGUGGUAGGUAUUGUAAAAAUUUAAUAACUUAUAAUUCGAGUAGAUAAGCAUAGCGACUACCUAUAUGUGUUUGUGCAAUAGAUCAAAAUAUAUUAAAUAAAAGUAAUAAAAACGUAACGAGUAAUCGUCGAGUCGGUUAAAAUUAAUAUUAGUGAAAGUCUUGACAAUUUUAAUGCAAUUGGAUUGUUCGUUGUGCGUAUAAUAUAGAAGCUUCAAAUUAAUCGAUUUAUAUCGUAAUUAGAAAUUCUAGCACUUUGGUUACGACUCUGAUAAUAUAAUUGCACACAGGUGGAGAUGUUCACGAGCUGUUUGUGUUGUCUCCGGUUGCUCUCUUACGCAAACUCUGAGUUACUGUUACAAAUAGUUCCUUUAAAUAUAACCUAACGUGGAACAAUUUUUUAUUGAUUAUAACGGUACUUAAAUGUAACACUUUUCUGUUGUGUUCCGAACCAACUGUUCAUAUUAAGUUUCAACAUUAUUUAUAUAAAUAAAUAGAGAAAAUGUAAGUAGAUCUAAUAAAAAUCUCUUUUUCAUAUAUAAUAUUUAGAGGCAAUACUUUUCUAACAACAUUUAGGUGUGAUUAAUAACAAUAGUUGUAAAGGCAAUAUUUAGAUGAAAAAAAAUAAUUAAAGCAUGUUCAAUGUCCAUGAAUUUAUGUGGGAACCAUUUUAGUUAGUAUUUAUUCCAUAGACGAUUUAUUAUGGCCUGGCCACGAUGACAUUUGUAUGUUGUGUAUGUUUUAUAAUAAUUGUAUACCAAUGCAAAUUUUAGUUAUUACUUGUUUUGAGUCUGAUGCAGAUUUAGUUUAUUCUAUAAUCAUGAUGGUGUUUAAUUCGUUGCCAUGAUUGUUUUAUAGGCUUCUAUAUUAUAUCUUAUUGAUUUUCUAUAUCCACAAAGUCAAUGAAUUUGACAUAAAUUAAGAAGCUGAGCAAUACUUAGAACAUGGUUAUCAGGGUGAGAUGUAAAUUUCAACUUGUAUCUUAAUUUUAAUGCUCUUCUGAUACUGAAUCACUGAGGAUUUGUUCAUUGAAUAUUUGAUAGUAAUAGUCGGUGAAUAUUAGAAAUAGAUCCUACUUUAGCAUUGCUUUGCUUCUUAUUUUACAAUUGUUUUACGUGUGCGUUAAUUCGAGCAUGCGGGCGAAGCAUAUUUGAUAAAAUAAUCAUUGAUAUAUUAUAUUACAUUGUUUUGUUAUAGAAUUUAGAUGCUAGUCAAAUAAAUUUUACUACAUUUAUUGAUUUUAAUAAAACUAAGUAACUUAUAUGUAUAAAAUAAUAGCUAUUACAGCUAAACAGUAUUAUAGGUUAGUUGUUUUCUUGAUAAAAUCUUUCUAUUGUGAUAUGUUUCAAACGUUUGCAUAGAAUAGAUGUAUCUGUGACAGUAGUACUCUUCCUCCUGGUAUAUUUUCUUCAUGUACGAUUAUGUAGUACCAGAUUAGUUGCUAUUCUUCACGUAAUGAUAUACCGCUUUAAUAUAUUCAUUGCUCUAGAAAACAAGCAUGAGAUAUUGAUUAUGAAACGUAGUAUUAGUUAGCACACUUGAAGGCUAAACCUUGAAUUGCAUUUGCAAAAUCCUUUAUGAAUUUGAAGGCCAAAGUAGUCGGGGAUAUUCAACAUUCCGGUAUGCCAAAUUAGAUUAUAAUGGUGGGUUAAUAUGAUGCAUUUAAAAGUUUUUAUUUAUUGACUGCGCACAAUAUUGUUCGCCCCAUUAAUUGAGAGCUAUACAAACAUUGCUUAUUUAUGCUGACCGAGUUAAAAUUGUAUUGUCGAUAGCCACCGGCUAUGUCUGCAUCAGACAAACUGUUACAUACCUCUGUUAGAAAAUAUUUUUAUUGUGAACCUACAUUAUGUGUAGUAAAUUGUUUAUUUAAUCA